AUGGUGGAGAACCCGUGGGGGAAUUGGUCUUCCGAUGGGGAAAUGGAUGAUGAGGCAAAUAAACGUUUGUGCCACACCAACCCUUUUGAUGAAGAGUUCCUCAGAGAUAUCUUGCAGCAACCACAGCAUGCAAUUGUUAGCACUACUCCCAUCCUUGAUAGUGGAACUUCAUUAUUUGGGCAAACAAGUAUGGCAACCUCAUCUCCAACAAGUUUUAUACUGUCUUUCGACAAAUCCGCUACAUUGUUACCAAAUGAUCAUGAUUCUUCUUAUCCUUUGAAAGAGGUUUCCGAAUCCCAACUGGGAAAUCGCUCCAAGGACACUUUGCCCUUGUCCUCAUCAAAGACCAACCAAGGAAUGAAGAAGACUCGAAGCGCUUCCGAGUCACUAGAUCACAUAAUGUCUGAGAGAAAUCGGAGACAGGAACUCACUAGGAAGUUCAUAGCACUUUCAGCCACCAUCCCUGGCCUUAAGAAGAUGGACAAGGCCCACGUACUAAGAGAAGCAAUAAAUUAUGUGAAACAACUUCAAGAACGUGUAAAAGAGCUAGAAGAAGAUGUGCAGAAGAACGGUGUAGAAUCAGUGAUAACAAUAACGAGAUCUCAUCUCUGCAUCGAUGAUGAAAUGAACACUGACGAAUGCAAUGGGCACAAUGAAGGAUUUCCUGAAGUUGAAGCCAGAAUCUUAGGGAAGGAAGUGUUAAUCAAAAUUCACUGUGGAAAACAAAAGGGCAUUCUGAUCAAACUAAUGUCCCAGCUUGAACGUCUUCAUCUCAACAUAUCAACUAGCAAUGUCUUGCCAUUUGGUAACACUCUUGACAUCACCAUUAUUGCUCAGAUGGGUGACAAAUACAACUUGGUAGUGAAGGAUCUAGUGAAAGAGUUGAGACAAGUAGCUAUGUUGAAGUUAUGCGAUGUGCAACAAUGA